GAAGGAUCGGAAGUCAACACACAGAACCCUCUCGACCGCGAGGCUCAAUCGUGUGAGCUUAGCAAAGUCAAGCAUAUGCUUUAUUUGAAUAAAGCUAAGAUGGAAUGAAUCUAUAAGAAGGCUUUUUUAUACCUCUCAAUCUAUUUAUCACUUUUCCAACAUCAUCAUCAUCGUCCGCUUCUACAGUCAUCACUCUUCAACGCCCUUCAGCAACAGUUUCAAAUACUUCCAUAUAUUUUUGAGUUUCCCAUUCAUAAUGUUUUUCAAUCUCAAGUCUGCAUUCCUCGUGGGCCUCGCUGCCACCGCCUACGCUUCACCUAUCCUCCCAGUCGACCCGCUGGCUCCCCAGGAUAUCGAAGCCCGCAGUAUCGAAGCCAGAGCCCAAGCCAAGGACGUUGACUGCGGUGGCAGACAGUUCACAGCACAAGACAUCAAGAGCACCAUUGCAACAUCAAAAACAGCCCAAGAUAAGCAGUACAAGGACAGCAGUUACAAAUUUCCCAAGCCGUAUGGUAAUGGCGAGAAAUUUUUCAACUCGCCAAGUCAGCUUUAUGAGUAUCCUCUUAUGAGUCCAACCUUCACUGGAAAGGGCAAAUAUGAGAUCUAUCGGGUUAUUAUGAACGAGAAUUAUAACUACAUGGGCUCUCUUUAUCACAAAAGUGAUGUGAGUAACAGCUUUCAUAAGUGCGUCAAUGUGGAGGAUCAGGAGAAGGAAGCAAAGAAGAACGAGAAGGCGGAGCAGAAAGAUGACAAGAAGGUGGGAAAGGGGAAGGGAGGUAAAAAGGGUCAUUAAGAAACAAUAUUUGUUUUCAUUCUUAGUCAAUGGAUUUGGUGUUGCGGAAAAAAUGUUUGUAUAUAUCUACACUUGAGUCUUAACUGGCGUCAAUGGAGGUAUGAAGGAU